AUGGAAGUCUUAGGUCCAAACGAUGAUCUGUGCUUCCACAAGGAGCCAAUUUCUUUCCCCACUCCUCCUGAGAAUAACGACUGGGAUUCAAUACUAGCGCAAUGUCAAGAUUACGAUAAUAUACCAUCCGUGGAGAUAUCCGCCAGCGACAGGUUAUAUGCAGGCUCACUAUUAGACCAAGAUCUGGAUCUAAAUGUCAAUAUCAAUCCUGAUUUAUGUCUGGAUCCUUUGUUAUCCACAUCAUCUUUUCCAUCUGGCACUGUUUCCGACCUCUGCUCUCUUACAACACAACCAAAUUUCAACGGCAAUAACGGCUAUCGUGAGCCGAUUCUAGGUUGCUUCACGCUUCCCGACCAUCACACCAACCCAACAGCUCCUCAAAGCCUCUCAACUACCCCCUUUGAAGUCCCGGGAUCAGAACUGUCUCCAUUGACAACACCCCCAAAUCCAACCACGCCGGGGUUAUGCCUUGCCCAAAACCGCCCUCUUUGCAUUAUCACCGCAACACAAUCCCUUCGCUCACUCCAUAUCCCCCAAAGCAACUGCCUAUCCCGCCAAAACGGAAGCCAUUGUCAAAACGAACACAAUUCUCCACGCAUGUCUGGCUCAGUCCUGAAAUGCAACAAAGAUGCAGGAAUGGCAGUCUGCAGUAUGCUGCAAUGCGGAUGUGCCCUCCGCCCACAGAACCAGCUAGUACUGGCUAUCAUAUGUUCGCGUCUUAUUUCAUGGUACCGUGCAAUGAUCCACACUUGCUUCUUGAACCGCCCAAAUCAGUCGGAGGAGAACCAACCUGAAGAGAACUUCGCAUCACCAGAGAAGGUCGUCCACCAACCUGUGACAAUCGGAGAUCAUUCAGUCGACGACCAGACGCUGGGAUGGACUAUUCAAGCCCAAGUCACGCUGGGUGAGUUGCGGCAUAUGCAGCGCUUGGUCGAGACUCUCUCCGUUCGUAUUCGGGAAACGCCCAAUAUGCAGCCAAAUGGAAAUUUGGAUUUUGCGGCUGAUACACAGGUCCCGUCGGUUGAACUUCCGGGACCUGCGCAUGAUCGCAUGGUGGCGCAUAUGCUGGAAGAAGUUCAUGCGGCUAAGGCUGAUUUGAUCUCGGCUUGGAUGAAGGUGUAA